UGAUUGCUUUUAACUUCCCAGUAAAGUGCACUGCUGAGCGAGUAGACGAUAAACAGGAGGACAGGUGUUACUUAAGGGAAAGAGGGAAGCUGUAACCCGAAGCCUCCUUGGGCGGGGAGAGGUCUGGGCGACUGCACCCAGCUGGGAGCUCCUCAAGCCAGGCGCUGUCUCUCACUUCCAAAGUUGGAGCUCUCCUUGGUGGGAGGGGGUGGGGAGGAGGGGAGGCCAGUGACGUCACUCCGCAGCAGGGAUAAAACUCCCGGACAGCAUUCUCAGCUAGGUUGCAGCCCCCGGGAACUAAGUGGGUUGUCCGGGUUCCGAGACUAGCGCUCUGCAGAGACACCGAUCGCUGGACCCUCUCACAGGAAGGCGUCAUGCCCCAAAACGUAGUUCUCCCGGGCCCUGCGCCCUGGGGCUUCAGACUCUCAGGAGGCAUAGACUUCAACCAGCCUUUGGUCAUCACCAGGAUCACUCCGGGAAGCAAGGCAGAAGCCGCCAACCUGUGCCCUGGAGACGUCAUCCUGGCUAUCGAUGGCUUUGGUACGGAGUCCAUGACUCAUGCUGAUGCUCAGGACAGGAUCAAAGCAGCAUCUUACCAGUUGUGUCUCAAGAUUGACAGGGCAGAAACUCGCUUAUGGUCCCCGCAGGUGUCGGAAGAUGGGAAAGCGCAUCCCUUUAAAAUCAACCUAGAGGCUGAACCGCAGGAAUUCAAACCCAUUGGUACCGCGCACAACAGAAGGGCCCAGCCUUUCGUAGCAGCAGCAAACAUUGAUGACAAAAGACAGGUAGUGAGCGCUUCCUAUAACUCACCAAUUGGGCUCUAUUCAACUAGCAAUAUCCGAGACGCGCUACACGGACAGCUGCGGGGUCUCAUCCCCAGUUCACCGCAAAAUGAACCCACAGCUUCAGUUCCCCCUCAGUCGGACGUGUACCGAAUGCUGCACGACAAUCGGGAUGAACCAGCUGCUCCUCGCCAGUCAGGCUCCUUCAGGGUCCUGCAGGAGCUGGUGAACGACGGGUCUGAUGACCGUCCUGCUGGAACUCGAAGUGUGAGGGCUCCGGUUACUAAAGUCCAUGGCGGGGCUGGCGGUGCCCAGAGGAUGCCACUCUGUGACAAGUGUGGCAGUGGUAUUGUAGGUGCUGUGGUCAAGGCCCGGGAUAAGUACCGGCACCCCGAGUGCUUUGUGUGUGCUGACUGUAACCUCAACCUCAAGCAGAAAGGUUACUUCUUCGUGGAGGGGGAGCUGUAUUGUGAGAUGCACGCAAGAGCCCGCACGAGGCCCCCAGAAGGCUACGACACCGUCACUCUGUACCCCAAAGCUUAAAUUCUUUACAGACGAGAACACUCAUUCACGCAUGCGCACACACGAACACCGGCGGAUGAUAAGGAGGACUUCAAGCAGGAGGAGUGCGAAAGGUCACCUCCCAAUCGAAAGCCGAGGCUUUUAGUCAUUUAUCUUACUGUGUAGUGAGGGAAAGACAUGGGGAGGCAGAGGCCUGCCUACUGACAAAAGUAUUAUCUGUGGGUUGUAAUUCUUUAUCUUUGGGGACAGCAAUGGUGACAUUUAAAGCAAUAACGUUGUAAUACCAUGCUCUACGGUUUCCAUCUGUUACACGCCCAUCCGAUGCGUGAACACCUGGAUAUGUAGGGGGGUCCACUUGUCUUUCCUUCCAAGUUGCUUUUGGUAAUUGUAGUAACGCCAAAUUACAGCUUUGUACUGGAACAAAA